UGCUGCGCCACGACCGCCCACUUCUAAAAAUACACCAGAGUCGCAAACCUUAUUUUGUCGGCCCUCGAACCCCCCAUACCCUCCCUCUUCGAUUUCGAUCUCCUGUAACAGCAAUGUCAUCAGACGCACGACCACCAAACUCCACACCUGCGACCGAAACACCUGAUCAUGAACAACAGGCGACAGAGCUGGACGCCCUCGCACCCCCCCUAAAACCCUUCUGGAUCUCCAAAUACAAAUCCGAAGCCGCAAAACAUUGGGAUCUAUUCUACAAACGCAACACUACAAACUUCUUCCGCGACCGUCACUGGCUCGACCGCGAAUUCUCCUCUAUUCUCUCCUCGGGGCCCAUCGUCGCGCUCGAGGUAGGUUGUGGAGUUGGGAAUAUGGCAUUUCCGGCUUUGGAGAGGAAUCCGGAAUUGACGAUGUGGUGUUGUGAUUUCUCGCGGAGGGCGGUGGAGUUCGUGAAGGCGAAUCCGGGGUAUGAGGGGGGGCAGGGGAGGUGUCGGGCGUUUGUUUGUGAUAUUGCGCGGGAGGCGUUGGUGGAGCAUAUUCCACCACAGAGCAUCGAUGUGCUGAGUUGUAUUUUUGUGUUGUCUGCUAUACCGCCAGAACUGCAUGUGGAAACCCUCAAGAACUUGGCGAGCGUGAUGAAGCCGAACGGGACCCUUAUCUUUCGGGAUUAUGCCACAAACGACCUCGCCCAACUCCGCUUCCUCUCCCAGAAAGAAAUCCCGAAACUCGACUCGAACCUUUAUGUUAGGGGGGACUCGACGAUGUCUUACUUUUUCGAGGAGGAGUAUCUGAGGGGCGCGAUGAAAGAGUGUGGGGAAUUUGUGGAGGAAGUGUUGGAGAGGAAGGGGAUCGAGGUGGAGAAUCGGAAGAGGGAGUUGGUUAUGGAGAGGAGUUUUUUGCAGGGGGUUUGGAGGAGGAAGUAGGGAUCAGACGAAGACUACGACGAAAAGGCUAGGCAGGAAGAGAAAGAGGCACGCAAAAGCCAGCCGGCGAGCCACCGAGCGCGUGAGGAGCAGCAUGUACCGUGAUGGACAAACGGACGGAACUCAAGGCGGACGUGCCAUCUUGGACGAGAGAUCAACGUCAAUGAUCCGGAUAGAACGUGGCAUCAGUGGACGGUGAUAGCAUAGAUAGCCCUCCGUUGAAGAAUCUGCGAUAGACAAGAAACUGACACAGCGAUCAACACUCA